UGUCUGAUUUGCCUACAAUAAUUUUUGGUGCUGAUGUAACACAUCCACAGCCUGGAGAGGAUUCUGGCCCUUCAAUAGCAGCCGUGGUUGCUUCGAUGGAUUGGCCAGAGGUGACCAAGUAUAGAGCAUUGGUCUCCGCACAGAAGCACCGGGAGGAGAUUAUCCUUGAUCUUUAUAAUUCAACUACAGAUGAUAAAAAGGGCAAAGUCCAAGGUGGAAUGAUAAGAGAUGGUGUUAGUGACGGACAGUUCAGUCAAGUGAUGCUUCAUGAGGUAGAUGCUAUAAGAAAGGAAGGAUAUCUUCCUCCAAUUACACUUGUUAUUGUUCAGAAAAGGCAUCAUACCCGGCUUUUCCCAGCUGAUUACGACAACCGUGAUUCCAUGGACAAGAGUGGAAACAUUCAACCAGGCACUGUUGUUGAUACCCAAAUCUGCCACCCAACUGAGUUUGACUUCUACCUUAACAGUCAUGUUGGAAUUCAGGGAACCAUUCGGCCUACUCACUACCAUGUCUUGUUUGAUGAGAACAAUUUCCCUACUGAUGCCUUGCAAGUUCUCACCAACAAUCUCUGCUAA